AUGAGUGCAAAGCGCAAACGAAUUGUGGUUUCGAUGGAUACACGUUUAAAAGUGCUAAGGCGGAUUGAUAAUGGUGAAUCCGUAGCGAAAAUAUGUGCAGAAUUUAAUGUUGGAAAAAGCACUGUAAAUGACUGGCGAAGAGAUAGGCGUUCCAUUGAGGAGUUUUGCCCGAAAAUGGAAUCUGAUAGAAAUCUGGGUAGCCGUUGUACGAGAAAAAAACCAAUUUGCGAGGUCGUCCAUGAAGCUUUGUGGAUCUGGUUUCUUCAGGAACGUCGAAGAGGUACACCGAUUGGCGGCCCAAUUUUGAAAGAAAAAGCUUUGGCUAUCCACCAGAAGAUUAAUAUUGGAGGUGACUUUGUGGCAAGUGAUAGUUGGCUUAAUCGAUGGAAGAAGCGACACGGAAUUCAUUUCGCACAUGUAAGUGGAGAAAAAAUGUCUGCUGAUACUUCUGGUGCGACAGAAUUCAAGACUAAGUUUGGUGAAAUGGUUAAAACAGAGGGAUUAUCUCCAGAACAAGUCUAUAAUAUGGACGAGACCGGGCUAAACAUUAAAAUGUUACCAGAAACAACUUUUCUAGGCAGUCAUGAACAGUCUGCCUCUGGCUUCAAAAAGAACAAAGAACGUAUUACAGUGGCCGUUUGUUCGAAUGCAGCAGGGACUCAUAAAAUUCCUCUUUUCGUUAUUGGAAAGUCUGCUAAAAUGAGUCAAUAG